CUACUAGUUUACCCGCUCGAUUCAAAUCUCCCUCUCUCUCUCUCUCUCUCUGCGAACCGAACUGCGCCUUUUCAUCUCGGCAUUCCCGAUUUGAAACCGCAUGAACCUACCUUCAUCAUCUUCUUCCUCUCUCAGGUUUCCGAUCUCUCUCUCUCUCUCUCUGCGCAUGCUUGAGUAACUAGAUCUGCCACUGUAUUUGAGUUAAUUCAGCAUCCUGAUUAUGGAUUCAUAUUCAUUGAAGUCCGUGUUCGAUUUGCCUGCACCUUUUCAAUCAUGUUUUAGUUUCAGAUAUUUUAAUUCACUUCAGAGUGAAUGCUUUCCUGUCUGUUUCCACUCUGACAUAAACAUGGUAAUCUCUGCACCAACUGGGAGUGGUAAAACAGUACUCUUUGAGCUUUGCAUUUUGAGGCUUCUCUCCAGGUUCAUAUCUGCAGAGGGAAGAUUCAUACAUGUAAAGGGAUCUCUUAAAACAAUCUAUAUAGCACCAUCUAAGGCUUUAGUACAGGAGAAACUCCGUGACUGGAAUCAGAAGUUUGAACCAUGGGGGAUAAAUUGCCUGGAGCUGACAGGUGACAGUGAAUCAUACACUUCAAGGAAUAUUAAUGAAGCAGAUAUUGUUCUGACCACUCCUGAGAAAUUCGAUGCAGUGUCACGAUAUGGUAUAGAAGGUGGUGGCUUGAGCUUUUUCAGUGACAUAGCGCUUCUACUGAUUGAUGAAGUUCAUCUGUUGAAUGAUCCACGUGGAGCUGCUGUGGAAGCAAUUGUUAGCAGAAUAAAACUUGUCUCUUGUAAUCCGAAAAUGAAAUUAAAUCCUCUGGCUCAAGUCCGGUUCCUAGCUGUGUCUGCUACAAUUCCAAAUAUUGAGGAUCUAGCUGAAUGGCUUAAGGUUCCUCACCAAGGGAUUAAAAGGUUUGGAGAAGAAAUGAGGCCAGUUAAGCUGACAACCAAGGUUUUUGGGUAUGCCCCGGCCAAGAAUGACUUUCUAUUCGAGAAGCGUCUUCAAAACUACAUUUUUGAUAUUCUCAUGCAAUUCUCUAGAGGAAAAUCUGCUCUUAUAUUUUGUUCAACAAGAAAAGGAGCACAAGAAGCAGCUCAGCGACUCUCUCAAAUUGUCAUGACUUUUGGUCAAUCAAAUCCAUUCAUUACAAACAGCGAACAGAUAGAUCGACUGAGGGAGGCUUCUCUAUCACUCAGUGACAAGCAAAUGCAAUCAUAUAUUCUUUACGGUGUUGGUUAUCACAAUGGAGGGCUUUGCCUCAAAGAUCGCAAUAUUGUGGAAGGCCUUUUUCUCAAAGGUGACAUUCAAGUACUCUGCACUACAAAUACACUAGCCCAUGGAAUCAACCUCCCAGCACAUACAGUUGUUAUUAAAUCAACACAGCACUUCAACAAGGAAAAAGGUCUCUAUAUGGAAUAUGACCGCUCCACUAUAUUGCAGAUGAGUGGAAGAGCAGGCCGACCACCAUUUGAUGAUACAGGCAUGGUUAUAAUCAUGACAAGGAGAGAAACGGUUCAUUUGUAUGAGAAUCUCUUGAAUGGCUGUGAAGUUGUGGAAUCACAAUUGCUUUCAUGUGUGACGGAGCAUUUACUUGCUGAAAUAGUUCAACUGACAGUAUCUGAUAUUACAAAAGCAAUUGAGUGGAUGAAAUGCUCAUAUUUGUAUGUUAGAAUGAAAAAGAACCCUGUGAACUAUGCAAUUAGUAAAGAAAUUUCUGGCGAUCGUUUUGAGAAGCAUGUGCAAGAGAUUUGUGUUCAGAAAGUUAAUGAGUUAUCAAACCAUCAACUGGUCUGGGUUGAUGAAGAUGGUUUCCUCUUGAGACCACUAGAUCCUGGAAGGUUAAUGACAAAGUACUAUUUGAGAUUUAAUACUAUGAAACAGAUCAUGCGGACUCCUGAAAACUGCAGCUUUGAAGAUGCACUUCAUGUUGUGUGCUGCGCAGAAGAAAUUGCAUGGAUACAGCUCAGACGCAAUGAGAAGAAGAUCUUGAAUGAGAUCAAUGCUGAUAAAGAUGGCCGUCUUCGCUUUCACAUUCUUGGCGAUAAAGGGAAAAAGAAAAAGCGCAUUCAAACAAGAGAAGAAAAGAUAUUUAUUUUAGCAAAUGACUGCUUAACUGGUGACCCUUCUGUUCAUGACCUAUCUCUAAUUCAGGACAUGAAUUCUAUAUGCUUGAAUGGAUGUAGAAUUCUAAGAUGCAUGAAAGAUUAUUUUGUUUGUAAAAGGAAUUACAAAGGAGCUGUGAAUUCAGCUCUUCUAGCCAAAUCACUUGACCAGAAACUUUGGGAUGAUAGUCCAUACCUUCUAAAACAGUUACCUGGAAUUGGGAUGGUUACAGCAAAGGCACUGCGCUCAAUGGACAUUAAAUCAUUUGAGGCACUCGCUGAAGCUGAUCCAAGGAGAAUAGAAAUAGUGACUGGUCGAAAAUACCCAUUUGGUAACCAUAUUAAGGAUUCUCUACUAUCACUUCCUCCAAAAGUUGAUCUGAAGCUUGUAGAAAUCAAGAGCCAUACCGGAGGAAAGCCCAAGCUAGUACUAACAUUGACUAGGAUAUCACAGUCCGGCCAGUCAGCUAAACGUCAUUAUGCAGAUAUGAUCAUUGCUUCAGAGGAAGACAACACUAUUCUCUUUCAUGAAAAAAUUAGGGUUGAUCAGUUCUCCAGCCCAUACAGCACAACAAUUCUUGUGCCCGUCCCACAAGGGAAGCAAACUAUCAAAGCUGAUUUUAUAUUCGAAGAAUACAUUGGUAUUGAUGUCCACGAAAAGCUUUCCUUAAUAAAAGAGAGCAAAUCAAAUGUGAGCUUAAAACGAAGCAGGAAGCAGGCUUCCUUUCCUCCACCUGAAGAGGUGUAUGUCAUAGAAGAUGACAACAUAACAGUACCUCAUAUACCAACGAAAGAGAUAAGCGUUUUGAGCAAGGACAAGGAGGAAUAUGAUUCCAUCCCUAGUUUUGACCUCUUGGAUGAGGAGUUAGAGGAAGGUGGGCGUGCUUUUGAGGCUGAAGAAGACAAAUGCAAAAUCAUCACUGAGAAAACAGUAUUUGACCACAUAAGGGAGAAAGCCAAAAACUUUUCUCUCCUAUCUGCAUUGGACAAUAUUCGCUGUCCACCAAUGGAGGUCCUUGCAAGAAAUCAUGUCCGUGAGAAGAGGCCUGACUAUCAUCAUGAGGUAGUUAUUCUGGAUGAAGAAGACAAGCUCGAAGUUCCUCGAAAAACUGAUGUCAAUUUGCUUCCUCAGCUCAGAAAGGCAGAACACGAUGAUAUCAACCUUUAUUUGACUUUAAAUGAUCAUAAUACAGCUGAAAGCUCAAAUAACAUGAGCAGUGCAGUUGAUUCAGGUAUUUUCAUCCCUGAACCUGAAGCAAGAAAUUAUGAAAAAUCAACUGAAGAAACAAUUUUUGACCAUAUAAGGAGAAAAUCUAAGGAUUUCCCACUUCCUAGCGAGCUUGAUUACAUGAAUUCAAUGGUCCACAAAACCGAAUCAUUCACAAAUAAUCAUUCCAGUUCUUUGAAAGCUACUUUGGGCAUGGCAACAGAGAUAAAUUCCUUGGACAUGGUCACUGAUGAUAUGCUUCCUUCAUAUAAGGGAACUGCUGAUGUCAAAAAGUAUUCAUCCAGUAUUCAAGCUGGUACUGAGGUAAAACAUAAGAAUUCUGAAGGUUUCGGCUGCGUAGAUGGAGUACUAAAUAAGAGCGCUUUCAGCAAUAAUUCUAUUCAAUCAUCCAUUUAUAAUCCAAUUGUUAGUUUUUCAAUGGUGAAGGAGAAAAAGCGGUCGUUAGAUGCUGGAUGCUUUGCAGAGAGUGGUAAGAAGCAACACUGCUCUUCUAGAGAAUCAGAAGAAAAGUCUAGAUCAAGUGAAAUAAGAAGACAGUGCUGUUAUUUGGAAACUACUGGCCAAAUGAAGGAAGCAGAGUCAUAUCUUGGGUUUAAGAGUGUAUUUUCCUUUCUCUGAUACAUUGUUCACUGUCGCAACUUUUAUUCAUUGAACGAACUGCUACGAAUGUCCUCCUGUUAGGUGAACAGUUAGCAGGUGGCACUGUAGGAUUGUAGUUAAUUAGUUAUACUGAUGUCUGUGUUGUCCAUGUUAUGAAGGAGUUUUCCUACUUACAUAAUAUUGAACAAAGUAUUGAUGGUAGAUUGUUGUUUAAUGAAAAUGAACAAUGAGGCAGUUUUCUAUUAUACUUGCGAGUUUAACUGUUUUAUCAAUUGGUGGAUCACUAGGUAGAUUAGAGGUUUUCCCCCUAUGAUUGUCCAGGUGUCUGAUUUCUUUUGAUUCUGGUAGAAUGAUUACCAUCUGGUUAUGAAAGAUUCAUUUAGAUGCUAAAUGAAAAUUUGAAUAUUUUGAC